AUGCUUAGAAUUAAACCAGUUCAAUGGCUUCGAUACCGCACUCACUUUAAGAUACCUCCUUCUUAUCAAUUAGUUGAGAAGCGAGUCCUUCCUUCGAUACAACAGCCCAUCUUGAGCCGCAGCAUAGGAACUCAAACGGAAGCAGCUAUGGAAACUUCAAUGGAUAUGCCACCGUCUUCAACAACAACAUCCACAGCUUCAGUAACUGCUGCAUUUCAAGAUCUCCUCGGUGUAUCAGCUCCAAGCACAGCUACAGACGAUUUGAAAAACACAUUUUACCAAAGAGAAUUACCUGCAACACUUGUUCGAUUUGCCUCUCCUGGGGGUAAAAGGCUGUUUAGAGAGGCCAUGGACGAUGGCCAUGCAGAGGGGUUCUUUCCUCUUACUGGUAAUUUUACUACGCAAUCAGAGCCUGCCUAUUGUGGACCAAGCUCAUUGGCCAUGGUGUUGAAUGCAUUGGAAGUGGAUCCCAAGCGAAGAUGGAAGGGUAAUUGGAGAUGGUUUUCAGACGAAUUUUUACAGUGCUGCUCCUCUAAAGAAGAUAUGAAAAAGAACGGCAUUACAUUCGACAAUUUCGCCUGCUUGGCAAAAUCUCAUUGCGAUGUCCAGGUCAACAGAGCAUUCGAUUUCACUUUUGAGCAAUUCAAGAAGGACGUGGAGGCGAUUACCUCAACUUCUGACAAAUUCAUGGUGAUUUCUUUCUCAAGAAAGGUAUUAGGACAAACAGGCGACGGUCAUUUCUCACCCAUUGGUGCCUAUAAUGCAGAGGAAGGCAAAGUACUUAUUCUGGACACAGCUCGUUAUAAGUACCCCAGUUACUGGUGUCCCAUUGAAACAUUGUACGAAUCCAUGAAGCCUGUUGAUAAAGAAACAGGCCUGCCUCGAGGUUAUUUUGUGCUCAGUUACGACGCUGAACAUCCUCCAUUGAGUCUUUGCUCUGUCAAACAAGACGGCUGUUCAACUAUAAAAGGACCAAAGCAACAACCAUCAACCAAGCCAGUAUUCACUGCACAACCUAAUGAGGAUAAAGCUAAGCUGAAUUGGUCGACACUUGCCAAAUCCUUCUGUCAGCGUAUUCCAGAGAACAUGUGGUUAGAAAAGCCCAGAACCCUACAGCAUGUCGUUUCGCUUGUACUUCGCAAUGUGCCCAAGGAAUACACAUCGAUUCUCGCUAAUCAAUCACUUGCUUCCUUCAACGCCACUACACCCAACAAAGCCGAAGAAUACAUCAACGAACUCCUCUUUGAUACUACAAAAUCGCCCCUGUACCCAGUCGUUAUGGACGCUUUGUAUCCCAACAGAGAAAACCUGUCUUAUACCCGUCUCGAUUGCAAUGCUGCAUUUGCUACCUUGUUUGUCCUGGGAUCACCACGCAUGUUAUACACCUCGCUACCCAGAGAUCUUCAAGACAAAUUAGACGCCUACAGAAAAGGAGAUGACAUGACAGCAAUCAUGAAGCAAGAAGUGCAGCGUAUCUCAGAGGAAGUAGUAGAUCUGACAAGUACCUUCUGCACGUGUGGUCCUAGCAAUGGAUGGAAUGAAAUCAACGAUGGCAUCACCGAAAAACCUGUAACAAAAGGAUGCUGCAAUUCUAAAUCAUUCUAG